UACUGGUUCGGUUUAUGGGAUCUGUCCUGAUCAUUCCUCGUUCUAGUGCAUGCGUGUGUAUGCGUGAGCGUUUCGAUUUUUUUGGUGCGGGUGAUCGUUAGUGUUAGUCAUACAAAGUCGAGUCUUCUAUCUAUUAGUUGCCGUCCGGAGAAAGCAACGCGUUAUCAUUCCUAGCGCUUCCACCACGGCAGUCACUUCCCAAGGGGAAGCUGUGAAGGUGUCGUAACCAAAGAUUCGAUCGACACGAUUUACGUGCAUCCAGUGGUGUGUACCUUUGGAACCGACCACUGAGUCAGGGUGUGACCAGCAGCCGCAAAAGCAACAACUACCUAGAAGCCAUGGGCAAAACCAAGACGAUCAGUACAGCAGACGAUCAGCAGGAGUAUACCGAAGUGCGAGGAACCAAUGUUCCGGACAUGCUUUACGAUGUAGUGGCCCGCACUGCUACGACGUCUGUCGGUCAGUUCGUAUACAAGCGCAUCGACAAUCUACUGUGGACGAUAGAGAAAACUGCACGAUGGUCUCUUCCACAACCGUCGCCUGCGUCAGUAAGCUCCAAAACAUCUACUGCUGAGGAGAGUGAACACAUUGACAGCAACAUUUCACGUCCACCAUUGAUACGGCCACUACCUUGGCUACUCUUCCUUCCGGCACUGAUUACACUGCGUAUGGUGCGUAGUGUGCUUUCAAUGGGUGCUCGUGUUGUUGGCAAGGGUCCUGUUCUACCCUCGUCCGUGGUAGGCUUUUUGCAGAACAAGCGACGGAAGCUUCGUGCCCUCAAGUACCGUGGCCAACGGUUGCAAAGAAUUGCUCAAAACGAGCGAGAAGAGGAUCCUAAUCUGGCGACUUGGCUAAAACGGAUCAUUGUACCAUUCCGAAUGGUUAUGUGCACGCGCCCAUAUAGAUCGAUUGACGAAAACUCGGACGUCGCACACGCCGUCGUAUUCCGAAAGGACCGUCCAUCAAGCGCAGACCAGAAGCAAAUUGCCUCUAAAAAGCGUAGUCUGCAUCAUCGUGAAGCAGAGAGUGCUGAGGAGGAAAUAAGUGAUGAGGAGGACUCGUUCGAGAAUGCGGGAUGCAAGGCGCUGCUCGAUAAGUAUGCCAACGAGGAAGACUCAAGCUUUAAUAUGGAAGACGCUUCCUUGGUCAGCUCAGACAGCACCGAUAGUUCUCUUUCCGAUGCUGAUCCUUUACCCAAAAAAAUCCACAGUGACGAACAGCCACGAGAGCAGCAGUCUUUACCAAAACAAAACGGUGAACAGCAACCGCCAUCCAAAUCAGAUAUUUUAACACGUUCGUUGAGUGAGAACAAGAGUGGUGUCGAUUCGCAACCACAGGCCACAAAAACUGCCACGCAAAAGACCAUUAAUUCGGGCAAUCGGUCAAAGUCUGCCGCUGAUUUGGAAAAUGGAAAUGCUCAAUCGUCGUCAAACACUUCUGAAUUGGAGGGCAAAAGUGCAACUACUUCCAACAUAUCUGGCAGUACUACACCUUCCAAGAGUAUCCCAAAUCUUUCCUGUUCGCCGGAAAACAAUGAGAACAAACCGAUCAAUCAGAAUGUUGGUGGCGGACCAACUGCAUCCGUUGCUGCUGCGGCUCAAAUAAAAUCGACCUCGCCAACGGUUCUGAAAUCAACGAUGGCUAAGCACUCUCCGAUCAUGAGCGAUGUCCGCAGUAACUUCCAGCAACAGAAACAAUCGAAUCAAAAGCAACUUACACCAACCGGUUCUGCCACUCAGGCGCAUCAACUGCAACAAGCUUCACAACAACAACAACAGCAUGUCAGCAAUGGCGCGAAAUCUCGCAACAAAAAGGGACCUACUCAGUCGUUUGCUUAG